CCCCCCCUUUCGCCCCCCCCCCCCUUCCUUUUUGUUUCGGUGUUGGGCGGCCAGAUGAAACCAGUUCCCGACUCGAGUAUAAGAACUGUUUCUCCUUCCGCUUCCCUGCCGCGCUUGAAAAAUCCAGCCUUGCAGACAUAUUGGAGAGUUUUAUAUAUCCUUAUCCUUCCUGUACUCACGCUCAACCCAGCGUUCCAUGACCAUGAGCAACUUCAACAGCGCGAAGACCGUCCUGAUUGUGGGCGCGGGGAACUUCGGUGCCGCCACCGCUCUUUAUCUCGCCAGACACCACAAGGACAAGACGGUGACGCUCAUCGACAGAACCGAUUCUGCCAACCCAUGCGCCGCCUCGCACGACAUCAACAAAAUUGUUCGCGACGAGUACACCGAUCCGCUGUACAUGCGCCUGAUGCUGGAGGCCAUGCCCAUGUGGCGCAGCGAUGAAUUGUACAGCCCUUUCUUCCACCAAGUCGGCAUGCUGCGCGCAGAUCCUACCGGAUACGGGGAGGGCAGCCUCCGGUCGUACCAGGCGCUCGGGGCCGAAACGUCCGCGGUCUGGCUGUCGGUCGAGGAAGUGCGGAGGCGUUGGAACGGGGUGUUCGCCGACGCCCACUUUGGGGACCUGGAGAGGAUCAUGUUCAACCCCGGAAGCGGCUGGGCGGAGGCGGACCAUGCGCUCAAAGCCGUGCUCCAGGCCGCGAGAGGCGAGGGGGCGCGAUACCGCAAGGGGGUCGUUGGCAAGCUCGAAUUCGACCCCGAGGGGAAAUGUGCCGGCGUGCUGCUUGAUUCGGGCGACAGACUCGCUGCGGACGUCGUGUUGCUUUGCGCGGGAGCACGAACCGCGGAGCUACUGGCUGCGAGCCAACCGGGCCGGCCCGAGUUCCAUCUCGGCCACAGGGUGGUGGCCACGGGGGCCAUGAGCUUCGCUGGGACCCUUAAGGGUGCGCAGAAGGAGAGGUUUAGAGAUAUUCCCGUCUGCAAGAACGUCGUAGAGGGAGUGAAAGGGGAAAGCAUGUCCAUGACCCCCGAUGGUGUGAUCAAGUUCAACUGCGACAUGGGAUUCACCAAUAUGCAACAUCACGAGGCUUCUCACCAGAAGAUGUCGAUCACGCCGGACGAAGCCAUGUACGGCACAUGGCAGGAGGAGGCAUUUUCGGACAAGUUCAAGACUCGAGCUUUGAGCACGAUGAAGGGACUAUACGGAAAGGAAAUGGAUGGCGUGGAGAUUGAGAGCUACCGAAUGUGCUGGGACGCGGUCACCCCGACACACGAUUUCCUCAUCACCCAGCAUGCCCAAAGCGCCAAUCUGUACAUCGCGACGGGCGGCUCGUUCCACGGGUGGAAGUUCCUGCCGGUAAUUGGCAAAUACAUCGUCAAGAUGAUGGAGGACACGCUCGACGUUGAGUUUGUCAGGAGGUGGGGUUGGGAUGUGGAUGAUGACCAUCUUCGGGCCAACCCAACGUAUGAUACCGAGUUUGAUUUGCCUGUGUACAUGUAGGAAGACGGGGCACGAGACUUGAGGUAGAAUGAUUUUAUCGAAAAUGCAACUGAAUGCAAUGCGU